UACACAGAUCUACUGGAGGGAUGGAGACCCACAAUUUGUCCUGUGCCAUUUGCUUGGACCGCUUCAAAGUCCCAGUCACCAUCCCAUGCGGUCACACCUUCUGUCGAGACUGCAUCACAACACACUGGGACACCAAGUCCAAGUCCAACAUCGGGCCGCAUUGCCCUUUCUGCAACGAGAAAUUCACCACCAGACCCAUCCUAAAACGCAACGUGUCCCUGUCCCUUCUGGCUGAGGCAACAGCGAACAGUGCUGGUGCAUCCGGUAGAGACACUGUACCGGUUAUGAGGGGCGACAUUGCCAGAGCCAUGCACCCGAUUCUGUGUGACCGACACAAGAAGCCCCUGGUGUACUACUGCCGGAAGGACAACAUGUGUGUGUGCUGCGAGUGUGCCAUCUUCGAGUGUAAGAACCAUGAGCAGGUGCUGGUGGAGUCUGAGAGGGAGAACCGAGAGGUGAGUGUCAGACAGACCGUAAGUGGCUCCUAUGUUUUUGUGACUGCCAAAGAGAUUAACAAAAACAAAAUCUGCCCCAGCCCCAUUGGCUGCCUGUGACCCAACACUAACUUCUGGAAAACACUGAUGCUAUAUAUAAACACUAUAUUCUCUCUGACAGGGACUACCUGCGGUCAACAUUUGUGUGCUGCAGAUGUCAUGAAAUUGAAUUCAUAUUCUGCUGCAUAUUCUACACACUCAAUGUGGUAUUGUCCAUCUGUUUCAACAGUUACUACUGAGGAAGAAGAGUGUGGAGGUGGGCAUACGUAUGGAGGAGACUGAGAGGAGCAUCGCUGAGCUGACAGAGAAUAUCGCCAAAGCCAAGGUAAAGUUGUUUUUUAUAGUGACCGUCACUACACUUUUAUAUUGAAAGUACCAUAAUCAAUGGAUAGGCCUACAUUGGUUCAUUGUAAAAAGGUUCCCUCUACUUGCAAAGUAGAUUUGUCUGAUAAGUGUCAAUGUUUCAAAUUAGGGCUGUGACAGUCAUGGACAUUUGGAUGACGGUUAAUUGUCUGCCAUAUGACCGCAGUCACGUUAUAGUCAUUUAGUUUUUUUUUUUUAAGGUGCAUAUUUUCUCCUCCAUUCCUGAAUGCAGGUGCUACUGCUGAAGGGGGUGUUGUCUAGGCAGCUGAAGACUCGUUUUCUACAACACCUUGCUUGUUUCAGCAAAGAACAACAAAGUUUCAUCACGUUGUAAAUAGGGAUGUAACGAUUCACAUAGGCAUCUGUCCACUAUUCAAAUGUUUAAGAUACAAGUGCAUCGGUCUGCGGACUCCAAACCGAUCAAAAUGUAGCAAGCAUCGGUCAUAAAAAUCUAUUCAAAACGUUACGAAUCGCCGGUUCACUAAAAUGUUUUGCUCAUAUUACAUUCUUUCUACCUUCCGAAAAUACCUCUCAUCUUUUGUGACAACUGUCAGAGGAAGGCCCGAAAAAUUGCCAAAGACUCCAGCCACCCAAGCCAUAGACUGUUCACUCUGCAACUGUUCGGCAAAUGGUACCGGAGCAUUGGCUCUCGGACGAACAGGCUCCGAGACAGCUUCCACCCCCAAGCCAGACUGCUAAAUAGUCAAUUAAGGGUACACAAACUAUCUGCACUGACUCUGUCUUGCACUGACCCUACACACACUCACUAGACUAUAUAUACACAAACUAUAUACACACACUCACAACAUUGACACUCCCACACAAAACCCACACACAUUCACAUACAAUAUAUACGCACACACACACACACUUUUACACUCAUAAUUUGCUGCUGCUGCUCUGUUCUUUAUUUUACUCUUAUUAUUAUCUAUCCGGAUGCCUAGUCACUUUACCCUGCCUUCUUGCCUCAAAUACCUCGUACCUUUGCACAAUGAUCUGGUACUGGUACUCCCUGUAUAUAGCUCCAUUCUUGUGUAUUUUAGUUUAUUCCUCGUGUUACCAUUUUAUUUUAAAACUCUGCAUUGUUGGGAAGGACUUGUAAGCAAGCAUUUCACUGUAAAGUCUACACCAGUUGUAUUCGGCGCAUGUGACAAAUAAAAUUAAAUUUGAUGCGUCCUCCCCUUCCAUGUCAGAACUACAUGUAACUGUGUUGACAGUAAUUUAUCUACAAGUCAUUUUGCAUGCCGAACAACCCCAGGCAAUAUCAGUAGCCUAGUCAAACUGCGCACUCUGCCCAGCAUCACACGCUGACCAACGUGAGGUAGGAGGCAUGUUCCUAAUCUUGCACAUAUGAGCGGCACCUUUAGCAUUCAAAUGCUAAAAUGGCUUGCGUGAUAUUAGGCUUAAUGUUUGAAAUUACAACCUAUGUAAUUUGCUAGGUUAUUGUUAUCUAUGCGCUGUCGGAAAUAGUGUUUUACUAGAAUAAAAGUAAGCUACCGGAGACAACUCUCAUCUGGCUAUACCCAAAGAUUGUCUAUUAUUGACAAGAUAUUUGAGUGACCGCUCUAACAAUGGAAAUACAUGUCCUCAAAGAUGGAAGGCAUGCGGGAGGAGGCGAGAUCAGGUGGGACCAUUCUAGCCAAUCAGCAGAUACGUGUGUCAACAACAGGCCACGGAGAUAGUCUGUGACAGCAUGGGCAGCGCCAUUGAGGCCAUCUCAUUUUUAAAGUAGUAAAUGUUCUUCAUUGGCUGAUUGCUCCCAACUCAUAGGAAUCCCCACCCAGUUGAAGCCCACAAUGUCCAUGCUAAAACGGGUUAUAUCAAUGAUGAGUCCUCCAUCUCUAUGACAACAGGCACAACUUCGAUAUAAAGUUGUUUUUGGGUAAGUUACCGAAAUGCCACGUGCGUCCACUUAUAUCAGUGCAUUUGUAACAACCUAACCAUUACGAAACUUCUAUUCGAUCAAAUAAGCCUCACGUAGCAAAUUAGCUAUUACAUUUUUUGUUGAACAUAUUUGACAUUGACCUCCAUACAAAAAUUCCUCACUUCGUGGGCUUAUUUCCAUGGACAGAUUUUGGGCUGAGUAAAACCUCUUACUACACCUCUUCUUCUCUGCUAUAACUUCUGAACGGGGCUUACAAUAGAUUUGAUUUUGAUUGUUCAGGUUCACCAUCAGCAAUAGUUUUAGUAGUUUUGCUUUAAACAAUCGGUGUACAGUGGGGAGAACAAGUAUUUGAUACACUGCUGAUUUUGCAGGUUUUCCUACUUACAAAGCAUGUAGAGGUCUGUAAUUUUUAUCAUAGGUACACUUCAACUGUGAGAGACGGAAUCUAAAACAAAAAUCCAGAAAAUCACAUUGUAUGAGUUUUAAGUAAUUAAUUUGCAUUUUAUUGCAUGACAUAAGUAUUUGAUCACCUACCAACCAGUAAGAAUUCCGGCUCUCACAGACCUGUUAGUUUUUCUUUAAGAAGCCCUCCUGUUCUCCACUCAUUACCUGUAUUAACUGCACCUGUUUGAACUCGUUACCUGUAUAAAAGACACCUGUCCACACACUCAAACAGACUCCAAGCUCUCCACAAUGGCCAAGACCAGAGAGCUGUGUAAGGACAUCAGGGAUAAAAUUGUAGACCUGCACAAGGCUGGGAUGGGCUACAGGACAAUAGGCAAGCAGCUUGGUGAGAAGGCAACAACUGUUGGCGCAAUUAUUAGAAAAUGGAAGAAGUUCAAGAUGACGGUCAAUCACCCUCAGUCUGGGGCUCCAUGCAAGAUCUCACCUCAUGGGGCAUCAAUGAUCAUGAGGAAGGUGAGGGAUCAGCCCAGAACUACACGGCAGGACCUGGUCAAUGACCUGAAGAGAGCUGGGACCACAGUCUCAAAGAAAACCAUUAGUAACACACUACGCCGUCAUGGAUUAAAAUCCUGCAGCGCACGCAAGGUCCCCCUGCUCAAGCCAGCGCAUGUCCAGGCCCGUCUGAAGUUUGCCAAUGACCAUCUGGAUGAUCCAGAAGAGGAAUGGGAUAAGGUCAUGUGGUCUGAUGAGACAAAAAUAUAGGUUUUUGGUCUAAACUCCACUCGCCGUGUUUGGAGGAAGAAGAAGGAUGAGUACAACCCCAAGAACACCAUCCCAACUGUGAAGCAUGGAGGUGGAAACAUAAUUCUUUGGGGAUGCUUUUCUGCAAAGGGGACAGGACGACUGCACCAUAUUGAGGGGAGGAUGGAUGGGGCCAUGUAUCGCGAGAUCUUGGCCAACAACCUCCUUCCCUCAGUAGGAGCAUUGAAGAUGGGUCGUGGCUGGGUCUUCCAGCAUGACAACGACCCGAAACACACAGCCAGGGCAACUAAGGAGUGGCUCCGUAAGAAGCAUCUCAAGGUCCUGCAGUGGCCUAGCCAGUCUCCAGACCUGAAAGUCCGUAUUGCCCAGCGACAGCCCCGAAACCUGAAGGAUCUGGAGAAGGUCUGUAUGGAGGAGUGGGCCAAAAUCCCUGCUGCAGUGUGUGCAAACCUGGUCAAGACCUACAGGAAACGUAUGAUCUCUGUAAUUGCAAACAAAGUUUCUGUACCAAAUAUUAAGUUCUGCUUUUCUAAUGUAUCAAAUACUUAUGUCAUGCAAAUUAAUUACUUAAUCAUACAAUGUGAUUUUCUGGAAUUUUGUUUUAGAUUCCGUCUCUCACAGUUGAAGUGGUACCUAUGAUAAAAAUUACAGACCUCUACAUGCUUUGUAAGUAGGAAAACCUGCAAAAUCGGCAGUGUAUCAAAUACCUGUUCUCCCCACUGUAUAUGGUCAUUUUUAGAUAUACAGGGUGAAGUUGAUGAUUUCAUAACGAGGACAGCAAUCACUUUUGUGAAGUGCACUGCAUAGCCGAAGCAAGAGGAGGAGAAGAUCUCACUAUAAAAACUUCCAAAUGGUCAAAACCAUUUGAUUUUGAGAUGGGGGAAAUCCAAAGUACUAUGUAUGAAUUGGCUAUGUCAUUACUAAUCUGUAAACUAUACAUUUUAUAUAACACUAGCUCAAACACCUAAUAUGCAAAAAUGAAAAGUUAAUUAGUGGGUGAUGUUGAUUUCAGAACCAAAGUGGGGGGACAAAAAAUAGUCUACAUUGCUGCCCCCCGCCCCCCUUAAUCUGAUAGUGGGGUGGUAGAUGUCCAGUCUCCCUUAUGGCACAGCUCUGGUGCUUACAUAGUACAUACAUCAUUUACACACACUUUUUAUUUUACCAGGUAAGUUGACUGAGAACAUAUCAUUUACAGCAACGACCUGGGGAAUAGUUACAGGGGAGAAGUGGGGGGAUGAAUGAGCCAAUUGGAAGCUGGGGAUGAUUAGGUGGCCAUGAUGGUAUGAGGGCCAGAUUGGGAAUUUAGCCAGGACUCCGGGGUUAACACCCCUACUCUUAUGUCCAUGGGAUCUUUAGUGACUACAGAGUCACGACACCCGUUUUAAGAUCCCAUCCGAAAUACGGCACACCCUACACAGGGCAAUGUCCCCAAUCACUGCCCUGGGGUAUUGGGAGAUUUUUUUUAGACCAUAGGAAAGAGUGCCUCCUACUGGCCCUCAAACACCCCUUCCAGCAGUAUCUGGUCUCCCAUUCAGGGUCUGACCCUGCUUAGCUUCAGAGGCAAGCCAGCAGGGGGAUGCAGGGUGGUGGUCUGCUGCUGCUGCUGCCCACACACACACACACACACACACACACAGACAGUGUGGAGGCUGCUGAGGGGAGGAUGGCUCAUAACAAUGGCUGUAAUGGAGUCAAUGUAAUGGUAUCAAACAUGUGGUUUCCAUUGGUUGAUACCAUUCCAUUGACUCCAUUCCAGCCAUUACUAUGAGCUGUCCACUGACACACACAGCCAUGUUUGUUACUUGUCAGGACUUUUUGGGGAGUAAAAAUGUAUUCCCAUUCAAAAUCCUAUUUUCCCUAAACCUAACUCCUAAACCUACCCCUAACCUUAAAGGGAUACUUUGGGAUUUUGGCAAUGAGGCCCUUUGUCUACUUUCCUAGAGUCAGAUGAACUCUUCAUCCAUAAUCGGCGGUUACACGAGCCAGCCCUAAUUUCAAUAUUGGUUUAUUGGAAAGUUGACACCUCUCUCACUGCAGUCAAAACUACAAUCCUAAAUACUACUACUAUCCUUGUCUCUGUAUGGUAUAUGUUUCCCCCUUACUGUUCUCACCCCCAACUUCUCCCCCUCCGUAGGUGACCCUGCAGCAGACCUCCCACUGGGUGAAUGCCAAGUUCUCGAUGCUGUUUAAGGUGCUAGCAGAGAAACAGGAGUCUACAGAGAACUUCAUUGAGCAGGAGAAGGAGGCUUCCCUCUCCCAGGUGGAGGCUAGGUUGGAGGAGCUACAGGAGAGGGCCAAGCAACUCAGGGAGAGCCAGAGCCAGAUCGCAACUCUUCGCAACCUGCCCGACAUCCAGCUAAUACAG